AUGCAGAUUCUACUAUAUCUAUUCGGUUUAAUUUCAUUUUAUACGAUUGUCAGUAGUGACGAUACUAUCAUCGUUUAUCCAACAUCUGACAAUCAAUUAAAAUUACAACAGAUAAUUAACUUUGCAGUCGAUCAUACAAUAAUAUUGAUUAAACCCGGUAUUUAUACAGAAUCACUCAUUAUUGAAGAGAAAUUCAUUUCUAUAAUUGCUCAAAAUUCGUAUCAAGUGGUUAAAUUUCAACCGUUGCCAAAUAAUAUUGCUAUUUUAUAUCGAAAUAAUGGUGGUGGUCAAGUCAAAGGUAUAGUUUUUACGGGAAAAAAUGCAACUGGUAUUAGUGGCUCUCGUAAUGAUCAAGAAAAGCCUCCAGGCAAGAUUGAAAUUUUCAAUUGUACAUUCAUAGAUAUUGGCAAUGGUAUGAUCAAUGAAUUUACUCAUAUUUCCAUUGUUGGAGUUGCUGUUUAUCGAGCACAAUGGUUUUCUAUUGAUUUGCGAGGUCUUAUUGAAGAUUCAACCACAACCGUUCAGGAUAUUUUCAUUUUAGACAGUGGAAAUGGACUUAUCCUACGUGAAAUAUGUGGUGCUUUCGUUUUUUGGAAUAUUAUCUGUCGAAAUAAUGAAAAUGGUGGUCUCAUUAUCUUUGAUACGCUUAAUGGCCCAUUGACAAUAGUCGAAAGUACAUUUGACAAUAAUCGAAUAGCCAAUGUUUUUAUUUCCAAUUCAUCUGCUGUUAUUGUCCGUGAUAGUUUGAUUAAAAAUGCACGUCCUAAACCAGAUGAUACCUAUGGCGAUGGAUUUGUAGCAAUGAAGAAUAAGGAACCGAUCGAAUUACGUACAAGUAGAGUAUAUGACAAUUAUCGUGCUGGUGUAAGUGUAUGGGGUGGCAGAUUGAGAUUGAUAAACAGUCAUCUUCGUGGUCAUAAAUUCGAUCUCAAUAUUGAAACUUUUGAUGGUAUUCCAGGCGAUUUUGAUGGUUCAUCGGGAAAUGUUUGUUCUGAUUAUCCACCUAGUAAUAUCUGUACAGCUCUGUCAUCAAGAUUAGAACCACCAUCGCCUAUUUCUCCUACACACUGA